GUAAAUAACAAUGGCGUCUGCGAACUCAUACUCGUUUCAUCUCCACAGUUUCAGUAGCAAUGGCGGUUUCCUUACUACGAAUCCCCUUUUCUCCACUCUGGAUUACAUCGUUAUUAUCAAGAGGCUGCUCACGAAACUCAUACGAUUUCAAGCCCCUCAGAGUUACAUCUUUCAGCUCCGCCGCCGCCGACGCAGAAGUUGGGUCGUCGGAGACUGCCCCAAAAUGGGAAUCUAUUCGCAAAAAGAAAGUGGUAAUGCGCGUUGGCUACGUGGGAUCCGAUUACAGAGGAUUGCAAAUUCAGAGAAAUGAACCUGACGUAGCCACCAUUGAAGGUGAACUAGAAAAGGCUAUUUUUAAAGUUGGUGGAAUUAGAGAUAGCAACUUUGGGGAUUUUACCAAAAUUCGCUGGGCGAGAAGUAGCCGGACUGAUAAAGGGGUUCAUUCGCUGGCAACCAUGAUCGCUUUUAAAAUGGAGAUUCCAGAAUUUGCUUGGAACAAUGAUCCGAAUGGCAUUGUUCUUGCCAGAUACGUUAAUUCUCAUCUUCCUGAAAACAUAAGAGUUUUCAGCAUCUUACCUUCACAAAGGAGUUUUGAUGCCCGAAGGGAAUGCAACAUCCGCAAGUAUUCGUAUCUUCUUCCAGCUGAUGUUAUUGGAGUAAAAGAUAAUUCUACAGCUGGUGAAAUUGAUCAUCAUUUAUCAGAUUUUAAUGGUAUACUGAACGCUUUUGAGGGAGACCACCCGUUUCACAAUUAUACGGUUCGAUCUAAAUACAGAACUCGUUCUCCUCGUAGAGUCUCUGUAAAGACUUCUCCAUCAAAGAUGGCAAAGUUAUCAUCUGGCUCUGACUCGGAGGGAAGUGAUGAAGAAGAUAACAACGGAGCCGAUGAAUCCUCCAUUUCUGAGGAAAUGGAGCACGACUCUCCCCUCUCCGUCUCAGAAAGGAACACAGAUGGAGACGAGGACAGCUUGAAGGAACAGAAAAAUCUUGCUGUACCUGUACUUGCUCGGUGGUUAGACGAACCUGAUGAGAACGACAGGAUUGGAGCAUCACAUUUCAGAAAGAUUUUUCAGUGUUGCUGUGGCAAAUUGGAUGAGAUGUCCGGUGCUAAGUUCGUUGAAAUCUCCAUCUGUGGAGAGUCAUUCAUGCUUCAUCAGAUACGCAAAAUGGUAGGAACUGCUAUAGCUGUGAAACGUGAGUUAUUACCAAGAGACAUUCUGCAUUUAUCGUUAUCCAAGUUCUCGAGGAUCGUCUUGCCUCUUGCUCCAUCUGAAGGUCUGUUUCUAAGGAGCAAUAGUUUUGCUAUCCGAAACAGACCGGGGAAUCAAAAGAGGCCGGAGAUGAUGGCGUUGGUGGAAUCAGAGGAGAUCCUCAAAUCAGUGGAUGAUUUCUAUCGAUCAGUGAUGUUGCCUCAGAUGUGUAUGUUUUUAGACUCUUCAAACUCCCCUUGGAAAGAAUGGGUGCCGACUUUAGAUGCAAACACCGGUAUCCCCGAAUCCCAGCUAGACGACGUGAGGAUCGCUUGGAAGUCGUGGCGUGACAAGUUUCAGAGUCGAAAGAAGAUGGCGUCUUGAGGUAUGUUCCAAAUGUUUCUUGGAUUCGUUUUCAUCUAUCUAGUCCAAGACACUUAACUACAAUGCUAACAAAUUUGGCAAGUUCUAGUGGAUUAGUAGGUGAAUUAAUUAAUUAAUUCAGUUUAGUAGCAUCCUCUUGGAUUCUCAGAUGUGAUGAUUAUGGUGAACCUCUUCGCUCGGUUCCAUUUCUUCAUAGUAUCAAGUGAUAGUUGAUGAAAAAUAGUAUAGAUAGAUGAAAAGUAGUAUAUGUUGGAAAUCUAUUGUUUAUCGAAUACAGAUUGGAACUUUGGGAUAUUUCGAAGAUUUUGAUAUAGGUUUUAUAAUUUGAGUUAACUUGUUUGAUUCA